GGCAGCAAAGCAGCACUGCGACGUUCAUCGAGUCAUUUGUCAAAAAUUCGUUUCGUUGUUGUCGUGGUUUUGCUGAUUGUCGAUUGCUGCGUCGCGUAGCGAGUGGAAAAUGUUAAAUUUUCAAUUUAAUUACAAGCAUAGUAAAUAAAUGCAUUAGAAAAUCAGAAAAAUCGUUACUUUAGUGAGUUUGUAUAAAGUGAUGGGCAAGUGCAUGAAAAGCGGUAAAGAAAAAUUAAAAUAGAAAACGAUUGUGUGGCAGACGCAGCAGCAGCAGUGCUAGUGGUAGUGCCAGCGACAUCGCCCUGUUUUUUCUUCCAUCUCCUCCGCCAUUGUCUACCUUCUGCUCAGCCAGUUACUACUGCCUCAUUUCGUAGUUCUGCUGCUAGUAUAUAUUAAUUUCCAUGUUUUCUUAAUGUAUUUUUUGUGAAAAGUGAAUUCGUAACUUUUAUCAUUUGUGUUCAAGUUUUUGUUUUACUUUGUUUAUCUCAUUGCUUGGUUUGCUUUUUGAUGUGCUUCGAGAAUCGAAGAGAGAAUAAAUAUUCGCUUAGAGCGUGGAAUAUCUAGCAUCGGGAAAUUCGCAAAGCAAAUCAGUAAAUUGCAACUUUCAAAACGAUAUCCGCAAAUUAAAAGUAUAAAAUUCAUACAAUUACAGACGUGUAUACCGUGCGCCUAACACUCCCCACUCUCGUCACCCUCUACUGAAAUCAAUCUAUUGCCGCUGCGUCAACUCCUUAUAAAGCACAACUUCGUGGAUGUAGUGGUACGUGUAGUGGUACGUGUAGCGAAAAGUGAAAUUCCAAAUUCUGCUAAGCUGUCGAAGUUUCUUUUGUUGUUUUUGUAUUUGACACGUAUUGCGUGUGCUCCCAAGUGCUAGAACAGCUGGAGUUGAAUUGGAGCUCCGGGCUUUUUCGAUGUUCCUCUAUUCCUCAUUCAUACAUCGCACGCUUAAAGACCGACAUAAGAGACAUAUAAUCAAAAAAGCGACGAUAGGCGUUCCCGUGUGGCAGAGGCGUCUAAAGUGCGGAAGUACCUAAAUAGUUGGCAAGCGUUGUCGGGAGUGCCGUGUCACUAAACUAAAAUACACGAUACCUUCUAGUCAUUAAGUUAGUUGGCCAGUAGAACAAGGCGUCGUGUGUUCACAGCAUUUGUUAGAAAUUGGCUGAAUUCCGAAAAUUUCUUUAGAUUAAAAUCGCAAAGCAAAAGAGUAUACGUAGACUGACCAAUUUUUUUUUACGUGUUGCUAAUUUUUGGCACUGAUCUAUACACCGGCGACAAGUGACAAGCAGGUGGUGGCAACGCCGAUAAUAGCCACGGCCUAAAAACACUUUGUAUUGCUUUCGUUGCGCGAUCACGGCGCGCUGCCGCGGCGCCUUCUGCUAUUUUGGGCGAAUACCGGAUUGUUGUUUUUGGUUGUAAAAUAUUUUCGACAACGGCAAUGAAUUUAUUUAUUUUUUCUUUUUGUUUAUAUUUACUCUCCUUACUGCGCUGAGUGAUUGUUUGUGUGUGGCAUAAAUUGCAAAAAAAAGAAAAAAGUUUAAGCAUGUGGUAAAGAGUAUAAAAUUUAAAUAAAAGCCGUUAGUUUACGUAAGCAGCAAUAUAAGGCUGUAGAAAAAAUUUUGAAUGUUAAAUUAAACAAGUUUGUUGUAAAAGAACCGAAAAUUCUCAAAGAUAGAUUUGUGAACCAAAAAGCCUUAAAAGCUCGUAGCGAAAAUAAUUUCUUAAAACCAUUAGCAAGUAGUCACACUAUUCCAUAGCUUUGGAGUAUCUAAGUCAGUUGCGUCAAUAUCCACGAAGGCAACAAUAUGGCUCACGGCCACCAUAAUGCCGCCAAUCUGCUCAGCUCAGAUAUUUCACGUCGCAAUCCUCAGGAUGAAUACGAGCUCAUACAGAAGAUCGGCUCGGGCACCUAUGGUGAUGUUUAUAAGGUAAAAAAUCGCGCUCGUCCACUCAAUUGGGCAUUGAAAAAUCAUACUUAUACUCCAUUUAAAACGCAAAUAAGGUAA